GCAGGGGGCGCUGCGCCGCGCGGGGGGGGCAGCGUCCGGCGCCGCUCUAGCCGCCGACGGCAGGGGGUGGGCGGUGCAAGAUGGCGGACGAGGGGACUGUUUGCAGCUUCGUUUUCAAGAAGCGGGGCCUGGCGGCGGGUAGGGGUCGGCGUAAGCGGCCCAGCAGCGAUCAGGAGCAGGAGAGCAGCGGUGAGGAGGGCAGCACGGUGGUGCGGAAGGAGCGGCGGCGGGAGACCCCCAACCCCAUGAUCCAGAAGACCAGGAGGUGUGCAAAGGAGAGGCCUGCCUACGCGCUGAGCAGCAGCGACGAUGAGGAUCCAUCAAAGGAGAUAGGAGUCACUUACAAAUCAACAAGGUCGGCGAAACCUGUUGGCCCAGAAGACAUGGGAGCCACAGCAGUAUAUGAACUGGACACGGAGAAGGAGAAAGAUGCCCAGGCCAUCUUUGAGCGCAGCCAGAAAAUCCAGGAGGAGCUGAGAGGAAAGGAAGAUGAUAAAAUUUACCGUGGUAUUAACAACUAUCAGAAGUAUGUGAAGCCCAAGGACACAUCGAUGGGAAAUGCCUCUUCAGGAAUGGUCAGAAAAGGACCCAUCCGUGCUCCGGAGCACUUGCGGGCCACGGUGCGAUGGGACUACCAGCCUGAUAUCUGCAAGGACUACAAAGAAACUGGGUUCUGCGGCUUUGGAGACAGCUGCAAAUUCCUCCAUGACCGCUCGGACUACAAACACGGCUGGCAGAUCGAACGGGAACUGGAUGAAGGCCGGUACGGAGUCAAUGAUGAGGAAAACUAUGAGGUGAGCAGUGAUGAGGAGGAUAUGCCUUUCAAAUGCUUCAUCUGCAGAAGUUCCUUCAAGAACCCCGUGGUCACCAAGUGUAGGCACUACUUCUGUGAGAGUUGUGCCCUCCAACACUAUCGCAAAUCCCAGCGCUGCUAUGUCUGUGACAAGCAAACCAAUGGAGUCUUCAACCCAGCAAAAGAGCUCAUGGCAAAAUUGGAAAAACACAAAGGGGAGGAAGAGGAGGAACAGCAGCAUUCAGACCACGCAGAGGAUCCACAAUAGCAGAGCACCCUGUUUUGUAUCUAGCUGAAUAAAGCUUUCAUGGGAGAAAAAAAAAAAAAGCUCACAGCGGUUGCCUUGGGGCCAGCAGCUGUAGCCAGGCAUUGUGUAUCCAACCAGCAGCUACUAGAACAGUGUCCUGACUGUGCCGGACUCCUUGUUUGCUGCCCUGUGAAGGCAUAAGGCAGAACAGCUCAGUGUAUGCCCUCCUGUGUUUUCUGCCUGCCUCCUUGUUCCUAGGAGAAUUGGAGAGAGGCUUAGAACUUCAGUGGGCAACACCUGUUGAAUUAUCCCUCUUCUGUGACAAAACCCAUCUCCUCCAAACCAUCACUCAACUCAGUCCCAGAGGUUUUAUGCUGAGAGAUGCCUCAUUUCAGAAGAUCCAGACAUCUGUGUUUCAAAACAUGUAACCAUAACAGCAAUUUCACACAGUCCUGUCAACAGCAAGAUUGCCAGGAGAGACACACAGGCAGAUGGAAACCUCUGAAGCAGAAAGGCACCACCAAGGAAAUGAAAGCAGGAGGCUCUGAUAAAGCAGCAUUAUGAAGCAAUGACAGCUGGUGAAACACUGAGCAAUAUGUAAGUGGUUUGCUUUAUUAAAGUCCACUCCAGAUAUAGCAUAAGCCAACAAAACAGAUGCAAAAAAUUAAAUUUAAUCUUAUUAAUGGUGUAGGCUGUUUCAACAGUAAUGGAAAAAUACUGUAAAUUCCCUUUUUAAAAGUCUUCCAGUACAUCAGAGGUCUUCACUCACCUCUCUUCAUGUUAGCAGUGACCGAUAACUGAGAGUUAAUGCAAAAGGAGCUCUACCAGAAAUUUAUCAACAUCAUACAAGAGUUUAAAACAAAAAAAGUUAAACUGAAAUGUCAUUUAUGAAAUACUGCAAAAAAAGCUCCUCAGUGGUUUCACACAGGACAACUUUUGGUGUAUGGUCAAAAGCAAAAGCAGCUGCAAAAUGAAGUCACAUAUGACUAGCUUUAUGGCAUGACAUUCAUUAAGAGGUAGCUUUCCAGCUUGUUGGUCUGAUUUUAAUUUGAGAUAGAUUUAAGGAAAUUAAUCUUUGAAAGGCAACUACUGUUAUAAAUGCCAUAAGAAAAUCAGUUAUGUGAUGCUAGCAAGGAUCUGCAUUUGCCAAAUGACAUUCAUCCGAGUCAGGAAGAGGGAAUGUAAUUUUUGUUCUGCUGCCUUACUCUCCACCUCCUCAUUCCCUCACUCACUUUCAGCAUGAGCAACAAAAAUUUUCCUCCCGUCCCUCUCCCCAGACUAUUUACCUUUUUCUAUAGCCCUGCUGGAAGAAGUAAGCUUUUAUUUAGAUGUAAAAAUCAAAACGAGAGUCAGCAAUACCACUGCAAAAGUGUUCAAACCCCAAGUGAAUACUUUAACAAAAACAAAACAGAUGCUAAUCUCAAUUUGCUUCCAAUUCAGCAUAUGUGUAACACUCAGCAAUUUAAAAAAAGGUGUGAAUUUGCUUGACUUUAUACAAAACAUUCCAUAUACAGCUCAGAUUUUCAGCAUUGUUUGUGCCAGUAAAUUACAGACACUGGCACAAAAAUCAAUUAUAAGCAGCUUGAACUGACACAGUUACUAUAAUCAAAUCAUACUUAAUUCACAUUUGUAAUUAGCUUAAACUAGAGCAACACCUGCACACAGAAGUGUUUCAAUAUGGUAUAUUGAAGGUAGGUGGGAAAUCAUUUAGACAAAUACAUGCUAUCAUAAGUUGUGUUAUUCUAUGAGCAUUGCUCAUUAUGAACAGAUAGUGUGCAAUCAGGGCCUACAGAACAAAAAGCAUCAAGGUAAAGUUCUCAACUGCCACAUUUUGGCUGUACAUUUUUGAACAGACAUGCCAUGUUUGCUAGUGAUUUUAGUUUUUAAGAGGCAAAGCUCUCUAAGCAUGCAUGGAAUUGGCUCCAAGGACAACCAGACAACAGGAGGUAAAGUGACCUCAAACUGAAAAUUACAUGAUGUUUGGUUUUGAUGUUGGAGCCUCUCUUGUGACUGCUCUACAGGGAAGAGAAAGGAAAUCAGAAUCGAUGUGUUCAGAAGGGAACACUGGUUUUGAAUAGCCAGCAUAAAAUUUUUUGGGCCUAGUUUUCAGAAGUCCCAUAAACUUGUUGUAAGAGAUUAGCAUCUCUGAAGAAUCAGAUCUAAAUCAUCUC